UCAGUGGCAGCUCCCUAUCAGACUCCUGCUACUCUGUGUCCAGUGAGGCAUCCCUGGCCCAGGGGGGUCCAGUAAAAGGUGGGCUAGUCCGGGCUGGACCAGGACCACCCUCAGGGGGAGCCUUCAGGCUGUGGGAGCAGCGGGCUCUCUCUGCAGACCACAGAGACACCCAGUGGCCGGAGGCCACGCAGCAGCCAAGAACUCAGAGCAUUGAGGAGACCACAGAGAUCACUGAUAGGAGACCAGUGUCUACGGGUCAGAUAAAUAUAAAUGCACUCACUCCUCAGUACAGUUCAUCUGUAUUUAACCAGUAGAGGCCAUUCAGACAUAAUUGUCACUGUUUUACAGGGAGUCCUGGGACCAUGGUCCUAGAUAAAUGUUACUGUUUUACAGGGAGUCCUGGGACCAUGGUCCUAGAUAAAUGUUACUGUUUUACAGGGAGUCCUGGGACCAUGGUCCUAGAUAAAUGUUACUGUUUUCCAGAGUCCUGUGAACAUAGUCCGAGAUAAAUGUCACUGUUUUCCAGAGAGUCCUGGAAACAUAGUCCUAGAUAAAUGUCACUGCUUUCCAGGGAGUCCUGGGACCAUAGUCCUAGAUAAAUGCUUUUGCUUCUUCAUAAGCUGACUGACAUUCAUCAACUUUCUGUCUCUCGUCCUUUGAUCCCAGUUGACCUGGAAAUGAACAGCCUUUUCUUCCUGUCUGACCUGUGCGCCAGCCUGGGCGACCCCCAUGCUGGCUCCCUCCUCCCGCUGCCUGACCUCCGACCCCAACUCGACCCCAGGUUCUGUUCUGACCUGGUGUCCCGGAGGACCAAGGAGGUGUACCCGUACCCCAGCCCCCUCCAUGCCGUGGCCCUCCAGAGCCCCCUCUUCACCUACAGUCAGGACCCCUCUCCCUCCUCUCGCCUCUCGCCGAGUCCGGACUCCUCUACCCAGGCUGAAGAAUCUCAGUCCACUCCCCUCUUCCGGCCCCCCCAGCCUCCUCAGCCCUCCACCUUCACCCAGCUGGAGCAGUACAUCACCAGGCUGGCUCGCCAGUACCGAAGCCGGAUUGCCCCCCCUGACACCACCCUUACCUCCAUCCCCAGGCAAGGCUCCCACAGGGGCCCCAGAACCCCUGGCCACGGCUCCACUCAGUCGCUGUCGGCCUUUGAGAACCGCAGUACCCCCUCCAACCUGACAGGGGGCAGUGUGACGCCCUGCAAGUCUUUUCUGGGAAACUCUGCACGGGUCAGCCUCAGCAGUAUCAGUAAGAAGGCCAGUAGGAACUCCAUUAACCUGGGCCACCUGCCCUCAGCGACAGGAGAAGAUCUCAAAAUCAACCUCCAUCUCAACCUCAGUCUCAACCUCAGCCCCAAUCUGAACAAAAACCUGGGUUUAGACUCAAACUCCAAGGAAGGUAUUAGCACUAGUGGUGUAUUAAGGAGUGACCAUGCUACCCCCACUGCCUCCCCCUCUCCUUCCACCUCCUCCCUCUCCAGCGCCGCCACUCCCACCCCUGCCCUGAGGGUGAGGCCACGCAUCUCAACCUGUCCCUCCAACCUCAAUCACCGGAGCUCUCUGGAGGUCACCGGGUCAGGGGCUGGGUCAGGUCUAGAAUUCUCCCGCUCACUGGACUGGAGUAGAUUGGAUUCUUCACCAGGGAAAGUGACAAGGAGCCAACCCAGCGUCAAUGCCCCGGACGCCAGCCCGAGUAAGCUCAGCGAGGACUCAGCGAUGGUGGGGGAGAUCUCCCGUCUCUCUGGCCUGCCCCGGGCUGUGGUGGUGGGGCUGAUGGAGCAGGGUGUGGAGCUGGAUGUUGACUGCUUCCAGAGCGACACCGAGAGAAAAGGUCAGGGGUCAGAGUUUAAAGGCCAAAGCUCCUCCCCUUCCUCCCGCCAGACAGCCCGGAAUGACCACCAGUCUCAUCAUCAUGAUUAUUCCAGUGUCCGCCACCUCCACGCCAGUAACGAGACUGACCUCGACCCCCAGAGGCCGAUCCAUCUGUCCCUCAGUGUCACCAACUCCUCCAGUUCCCAUUCCAGUAGCCCCAAUCACCCUUACCAGUCCACCUCAACCCAUCCAUCUACCCAUCAUCAUGUCACCCACCACCACACACAUACCUUCCACUGCCAACAAACCCCUUCCCCAUCCGACCCCUCCUCCCCCUCGUCUCAUGACCACCCCAGGGUACACUCCCCACCCCGCCCUCUCCAGCCCUCCCCCCUCGCCACUACUCCAUUCUCUGUGUUCCGGCGGGAUGACCCAUUCCAGUGCUCCCUGCCUCGCAUCAGUGACAGCAGCUCACCACAAGGGGGCGGCAUCCGGCCCAGAGGGGGGUCGCUACGGCAGUGUGCAGGGGGUGGAGGGGGUAGAUGGAGGGUAGAUGGGGAGGGAGAAGGAUGGAAGAGGAUGGAUGGGGAGGGGCUCUACCAGGGGAAGCAUGUGUCCAGGGAGUUGGUGAGGGCAUCGACGGUGAGCAGCUUCCACAGGAAACAGAGGUGCUACAGCAGCAAUUGGGGAGAGGAAGGCAGUCACGACACGGCCCAGACGCCAAAGAAGGGGGCAGACAAACUCUGGAGGGACUUCGAAGGGCAUUCAUGGGGGAAAGAAGCUGAGGAGGAGAACAAGGAGAGGUGGAAGAGAGAGGGGAUCAGGAGAAAGAAGGAAAAUUACCAAAAGGAGAAGCAGCAGGCCAACAAAGAGACAGAGAGGGGACAGAAAGAGAGCAGUGCCUCAAAACGCAAAGGGAAGGGUGGUGGUGGUGGCUGGGACAAGCGUAGCUCCAGCCUGAGGCUGUCCAGACAGGCUCUGUUCCGCAGUGAGUCCCAGGGGGAAGUGCUGGAUCCUCGAGCCCUAAAAAAGGAGCAUCUGAGGGGGGCACAGUGGACCUCCUCCCUGGACAUCGGCAGAGGCAUGGAGCUCAGUGUGGAGGGGGUUCGUCCGUUGGUGUUUGGAGGAAGAGCAGAAGAAGAAAAGUGCUUGUCCUCUACUGCCAGCCUCUUCCACCUCUCUAGCUCUCAGAGCCUAGAGGAUAGCUGUCCCUCCAUCUCUCCUCCUCUCUCCUCCCCAUCGUUCUCUCCAUCCCCUCCAAGUAGGGCACCCCUCACACGCUCACGCUCGCUGAGGGACCUGAGUAGAAGGGUGUUUAGCUCAGUGAGGUCUCUCAGUUUGAAACACAAGACGUCAAGGAAGUGAGAAAAUCACAGAAAGUGUUUUUGCCACUAAGUUAGUCAAUUUUCAGGCAGUUGUAUUUUGGCUGAUAAGGAUGUGCCAAUGUUUUCCCUUUCUAAACUUGAUUCUGUUGAACUUGACUCUCAGUAGUACUAUGUGACUGUGAGUGACUGUGUGUCUGUGUGAGUGGUCCCCUUUGCAUGCAGCUCUGUGACAGCUCUGUGGACGGUCACAGCUAUCGGUAGUCUGAGCUUGUUCUCCUCUCGGAGUGUAUAUCAAAUAGAAGUUUACACACUGUAUGUUGCCUUUGAAGUACAAUCAUAUUGGCUAUAAAGACCAAAAUCAGCAAACAAAAUGUUGUAUAAAUGAAUAUUGUGCUCAGGACUUUGAAAUGGAUAUCAGUAAAGUAAUCAUUAAGAAUAAAAUGUUAUUUGAAACAAAUGUGUGUAUCUUGGAUUAUUAAUA